GUUACGCUUAUUUGCAUUGUAUCCGUGCUCUGCACCAAGUUGAAAACCGCUCUCCUAUAUGCUCUGUAGGCUGCCAAUAAUUACUGCGCCUUUUGCUUUCUGUUUCCCUUUAGACGCAUAUCGCAGGCUUUCCAAACAUGCGCCUUAUCUCUGCACCAGACAUCCGCUGGUUUCACAGAACGCCUUGCUUCACCAAGAUUUUGAAUUGGCAACAGUCCGUGUGCAUAAUAUUAUGUCGCAUAUUUUAAGUGCCCGUGUUUAUUUGCGCGCAAGCAAGACCCGAGGGGAACUGGGCGUCCGGUGUUACGUCAUCCUCUGUGACCAUUAGCUCAUGGCCCUCGAUUUGGAACUUCAUGGGAUAUUUGAGGAGAACAGCACCUAUAUGGAUUAUGAGGAUUAUGAAUAUAAAGAGGAGUCUGAGCCAAGUAGCAGUAACGGCGUGAUAUUCCAGAUUCUGUAUGCUGUGGUGAUGAUUGUGGGCCUGCUGGGGAACGUACUGCUCCUGGUAGUUCUGGCUCGAAGGAGGCGACCGUGGAGGUCAUCGGACAUCUUUAUUGUCCACCUUGCUGUGGCAGACAUCCUGCUGCUCUGCACGCUGCCCUUCUGGGUGGCACAGUUUGGUCAUUGUGGCUGGUGCACUGAGAUUGCCUGCAAGCUCUGUUUAGCUGUCUUCAAUAUCAACUUCUUCUGUGGCAUAUUUCUGCUGAUUUGCCUCAGUCUAGACCACUACCUGUCUGCCCUCCGCCAGAUCAAGUUCAACGAUCAAAGGAAGCGUUUGUUGGUUCAUAUCGGCUGCCUGUUGGUCUGGCUCAUCUCCGUGAUCCUCACCAUUCCAGGGUGGCUUUUCCCGUGGGCCAAGAACGAGCAAGGGCAUGAGAAAACCCAGUGUAUUCACAGCUACCCGCUUUUGUCACGCCAGCUCCACCACACACUCGGCUUUGGAAUACCUGGAUCCGCCCUGGUCUUCGGCUGCAUCUGUAUUUUUCUAGAGCUGAAGCGCAGCCUCCAGAGGCCUGCCAUGGUCAUCCUGCCUCUAGUGGUGGUAUUCCUUCUCUGCUGGAUGCCGUUCAACAUCACACUCAUUGUGGACACCUUCAAGAGCAGCAGCAAGGAACCUCACAAGGACUAUCCUGGAAACAGUGAAGGUUCCUUGACAACAGCUCUUCUGUUCACCUCUGCUCUAGGGUUCAUUCAUGCCUGCCUCCGGCCUCUGCUGUAUUUCGUUCUCUGUGGCAACUUCAGGAAACAGAUACUGGUCUUGCUGAGAUGUAGUACAGUUGAGUCUGAAAGCUCGCUGUGGAAGCUGGUCGAGGGGGCUCCUCAGUCCAACCACAAUACUGAGGGACAACAGCUCAAACAGUUGAACAGCGAGGACAAAAUGCUCAGUGCUGAUGAAAAACCCCUCUCACAAGUGAUUUGAGUCAUGUUCCUUCCCCAUGGGGAAGUUUGAGCUUAUGUCACGGCUUAAAAAAAAAAAAUAAUAAUAUGCAGUGUAAUGGUGACAAAUGUAUAUUUAUAGACAACCAAGUGACUCUGGCAUCGGUGUCAGACCCACAUGAUGACAUGGUUGUUUUGUACUUUUAUUUUGGAAUCACUGUUGAUUAUGAUAUUAAGUCCAUCACCUAAAAGCAUGAACUGUCUAUAUACAUGUAUUUUUAUAUUUGCAAUGUUAUUGUUAUUUUACAUGAAUCACCCAAAGUAAUUAAAAAAGAACAAUUGUCAUCUGUUACAUAAUUGCCUUUACAGUAUAAGCUAAUAUCCCUUCAAAUGUUAAUACGUUCUUGGAUUAAGUGAACUGACAAAGUUUUUGACUUUAUUGUUGGCAACACGGUGUAAUAAACUGUUUCACUUUUCA